AUGCGUCGCACGGGGCUUUGCCCAGCCACUACAUUCAAGUUCCCACUGUUCCUCUGCUUUCAUCUUCUCCAGUCUCCCAACUUUUCGCCGCCGCCGUCGUUGUCGUCGUUGAACGUCGCUCUUCUCGUCGGCCUCUUCAUCUACGGUGCGUUGCUGCUUGUCGUCGUCGUUGUCGACGUCGACGGCGCCCCGUUUGCCACCGUCCCCAGAGUUGCUGAUUCAUUACCCCAGCUUUUCUCGUUCCACAGCAAAGCUAGGCGUCGACGGGGCGUCCUCUCCCUUCUCCGACACGUUCUCAACCACGGUCUCCUGCAUGCCCUCAACGUCCUCAUAGUCUCUGACCCCGGUCGAUUUCAACCGACACUCUACGUCCCCUGCGCUCAGCAUCGCUGA